AUGAAAGGUAACGGUAGCAUCCUAGUGGUGCUGCUAGUGCUGGUGGCCAGUAUGGCAUCAACUAUUUUGGGAUUGCCGGUUGUAACACAAAAACCGAAAGCACCUGAAAAGGAAGAAAAGCACGAGGAUAGCAAUGUGGAACGUAUGGAGAAUAUUAUUGAAUACAAUAAAUAUCUUCAGGAGGUUGUAAAUGUCCUCGAAAGUGAUCCAGUUUUUGCGGAAAAGUUGCAAAAGGCAGCGGAAUCUGACAUUCGAUCCGGUGUAAUAGCGCAAGAGCUCGAGUACGUCGGACACCACGUCCGGUCGCGUUUGGACGAGCUGAAGCGCAUGGAGCUACAGCGAUUGAAGGAGCUAGCAACGAAGCAGUUCGAGCUGACAAACGAAAUCGAUCGCGACCAUCUGAAGAUUAGCGAACACGUGGAUCAUGCUAAUCCGCACACGUUCGAAAUUGACGAUUUGAAGAAGCUGAUUCUUAAAACCUCCCAGGACCUGAUGGAAAACGAUCGGCGCCGCCGGGAAGAGUUCAAACAGUACGAGCUGCAGAAAGAGUUUGAAAAGCAAGAAAAACUUCGCAACCUUGACGAAGAGCAUCGGAAAGCGUACGAGGAGGAGCUGAAGCGCCAGCAGGCGAAGCAUGAUAAUCAUGAAAAAAUUCACCACCCUGGCAACAAGGCACAGCUGGAGGAGGUGUGGGAAAAGCAGGACCACAUGGAUGGGCAGGAUUUCGAUCCGAAAACGUUCUUCAUGUUGCACGAUCUGGACGGGAAUAAUAUGUGGGAUGAGAACGAGGUAAAGGUGCUGUUCAUAAAUGAGCUGAACAAGAUGUAUCAAGCGGGAGCGCCGGAAGACGAUAUGAAGGAGCGAGCGGAAGAGAUGGAACGUAUGCGGGAGCACGUGUUUAAGGAGGCGGACACAAAUAAAGAUGGGCUGAUAAGUUUCGAGGAGUUCAUCGAGCAGACGAAACGGGACGAGUUCCAGAAAGAUCCGGGAUGGGAUACGGUCGAUCAUGAGCCACAGUUUACGCACGAAGAGUACGUGGAGUUUGAGCGUCGUCGGCAAGAGGAGAUUCAGCGGCUGAUAGCGGAGGGCAAGCUGCCACCACAUCCGAACAUGCCCCAGGGAUAUCAUCCACAGGGAGAACAUGGUCAAUAUCAGGUGCAUCCGAAUGCUAUUCCACAGCAACAAAUUCCGCACUACCAGCAGCAGCAGCAGAUGCAACAACAGCAGUACCAUCAGCAGCAGCAGAUGCAGCAACAGCAGUACCAUCAGCAGCAACAGCAACAUCAUCAGGGACCAUCUCCGCCAGCAGGAUACAAUAAUCAUGGCCAGCAGAUAAAUGUCCAUCCCAACCAGGUAUAUGAUAAUGUGCAGCCGCAUCAGGUGCAUCCCAAUCCUGCUUACACUGGCCAACAGUCGACGGUAUACACGGGACAGCAAGCCGCGCCUCACUAUCAAGGCCAACCUUCCCAUGCUCAGCAACAACAUCCGCCGCAAUACGCACAACAGCAGCAAAUUCAGUCGAAUCAGAUCCCACAAAAUCCGCAAUAUCAGCAACAACAGACUAACAACAAUGUACAACAACCUAACCAGCAUGCUCCUGCCCAACCACAGCAACAUGUAGCACAACCAGCAGCUGCGCCAGCAGCACCAGCACCAGCACAACAGCAACCACAGCCGGCACAGCCACCUCAAUCCCCUGGAAACGUUGCAUCACCACCGCAAUCUGGUGGAAACGUUGCGCCACCACCGCAACAGCAACAAUCACCAGCUGUUGCUGCACCUGUUCCGGCACAACCAUCCGUAAUGCAGACGAAACACUAG